GGCGCGGCGCUCAGCGCUAAGUUGACUGCGUUUCUUUUGCGGCUCAGUGACGCUGUCGAGUGAUCCCAGCAACGCAAAGAAGAUGGCGGAGCCCUCGGUUCGGAUCCCCGGAAUUGUUUUGUCUUCUUUAUUGUUUGAGCACAUCAACAAAGACUCGGACGUGGAAGGUUUGAUCCUUGGCGAGAACCACGUGGAGGAGCACGUGACCAUCAGCGACACGCAAGAGGACCACGUUCACCUCCGCCGAACGUCCAGCGUCCACAAACACGUGUGUUGCCACAAACUCGACACCUGGUACGACGCAGCGGGCAGGGUGGACGAGGAGGCGGUUGGCAGGCUCCUGGGGGGAAACCAUCGGGAUCUCCUGAUCGGGUGGUACCGCCAACGCAGGAACUCUGAGCGGCGAAUGACAAUGCGUGAGAAAGCGGUGCACGAGAACUUUAGGGCGGCUCUGCGCGUGCCGCACGCCGUCUUCCUGCUGGUGACCCCCGCGCCGCUGGCGGAGGCCGGCUCCACCCACCGCGCCGAAUACUCUGCCUUUGUCUCCGGCAACAGGCAGGUCCCCGUGGUGGUCACCAACUUGGCGUCGCUGGACCAUCGGGCGUACUGGACAGCGUCGCCGCCGUGCCGGACGCCAGGCUACCGCCGCGCCAUCGGCCGCCACAGUUCCACGUUGCUGGACGCCAGCGGUCGGGCGGCGGACGCCGAGGCGGUCAACGGCAUGAACGAGUCGCUGCAAGACGAGCUUCGGAGGGCGUGCGGCGCCGUGGCAGACAGCGAGCGCGCCGUGCAGAAGACGCUCACCGAAGUUUGCGCCCUCAGGAAGAAGCUCGGUGACAGCGAGUCGGCCGCGGCCAGCAAAGGCGUGGCCGUGGCAACGAGGAACCUGCGCCUCCGGCUGGCCAUCGGCGCACUCGUGGCCCACUCGCCGCUCUUUGGCUCGUGUACGCUGACGCGCGACGCCUUUCCCGUGCUGGAGGCUGCGUGCGACGAGAUGAAGCGCCGACCCGUCGCGGCGGCCAAACGGUCAGCCAAGAGGAAGCGACGCCACAAAGUGAUGUCAAGAAAGACGGCACCGUCGGCGGUUGUUUGACUUUGCAUUUAUUGGCCAAUGACGAAAAGGAGGAGGUGAGGCGAGGCGAGGCUAAUCCGCAUGUUUGAAGCUGCAGAUGUUGGGGUCCCGCAUCAACUCGGGAUGUUUGUGCGUCACUGACAUGAAACCUAAACAAACACGUGCACACGCCACACAAUCUGUUUUGUUUGGCCCAGGAAAGUGAGCUAUGUUUUGCCUUAGCGCCAUCUUGUGGCACUGCUGCCAAUUCCAUUUAAAGGAGAGGAAAUGCCAUGACUUG